AUGCCUUCGGAGGACGAUAGCCAAUCGGGGGCGCGUAGUGAUUCGACGUCGUCUGGCCAGGCGAUGGACGAGGGAGUUGAUGUGGGGAGCGAUGGGAAUACUCAGGGCACGUCCUCGAGGCCCUCCAAGCAACACCCUUGCCCGAACUGCGGUAAGGUGUUCAGUCGCCCAAGCAGUCUCAAGACGCACAUGAACACGCAUACAGGCGACAAACCCUUCAAAUGCGGCUUCCCCGGCUGCGACAUGGCCUUCGCUGCCACCUCCAACGCGCGGCGGCACCGCCGCCUGCACGGCGAUGCAUUCUUUCGCAAGUACAAGCCGGAGAAGGAGAUUGAGUUCUGCAACCCCGUCGUGCAUGAUGUGCGGGACCCGCUCAUGGACAGUCCGACGCGCGCGAACGGGAAGGGCUUGAAGUGGAUGCCGGCGAAGGUGCCGAAGGAGCACGUCUCGCGCAAGAUUGACCUCAAGUCCGGCCAGGCGUCGGCUGGGGCGUCGCGGCACGUGUAUAUGGCCAAUCUGAAGGGUUGA